AUGUCUGGUGGAAGAGGCGUCCGUGGACCAUCGGGGAGUAACGACUGUCGGAUAUACGUGGGGAAUCUCCCUCCCGAUAUCCGCCAAAAGGACCUGGAAGACUUAUUUUACAAGUAUGGACCCAUACGUGAUGUGGAUCUGAAAAACGGACGUGCAGGACCACCGUUUGCCUUCGUGCAGUUCGAGGACCCGAGGUGACCCGCAGUAACUCCCCACCCCCACCCCCCACCACGUUAACUCAGGGAUCCUUUGUUACCCCCUAAAAUGCUACCAUGCGUGUAUUUUCUGAUUUGGAUGUUUAUAUUUGUGCGAUUUUUCUUUAACAUGUCUAAACCUGUUGUAGCUGCGCACGUGCUUUAACGCAGCUCAUCCGGAGGGCUGGUGAUGCGUUUAUGGACGUUUUUGGCGCCAGUACUCUGAGGUGCUUUCGAAUAGUUAUGCAUGACACCGAGAUGAGUUUUCAAUCUGUAAUUUCACCCGUUACGGCUGUUAAUUUGAGCCGGAUAAAUUGAGGUGUGAUUCUGUUUUGUUAGGGAACCAGUUUCAUGUGGCACACACCUGCCAUACAGGUCUGCUAUAUCAAAUCCCUUCGCUUAAAGGACAGUUAUCGGAUACUGUUCCGAUUAACCGGCAAACAAGUCGGUUAAAGGCAUUGUGAGAUAAUCGUCUAACCUAGUGGUUCUCAACUGAUCGGUCCCGACCCAAAAUGGGUCCCAGACACGUUCUGGAUGGGUCGUGAACAGCUGGUCAAAAAAAUAAAUAUUUAAUGCGAUAUUUAUUAGAUAUUCGAUAUUUUUGGUUUAAGCAACUUCAGUAGUUGUCCCCUUCAUGUGCUCUGAAAUGCACUUAACUCAGUAAAACAAGUGGAUUUAUGUUAAAGAUUAUAGUCUUUUAAAGGUUUUUUUUCAACAAAAAAUAAUUUGCUUGGUUUGAAUUCUGUAAAAGUGGGUCACGACUGAAGGACCAUGGGAAAAUGUGGGUCCCAGAGUUAGACCAGUUGAAAACCACUGGUCUAACCUGUGUUCAAUGAGAUCCGUGCCUCUGCAGACAGUGCAGGCAGCCUCGCUGGUAUAGUUGCCUCAAAGUAAUGUCAAGAUAAGAUGUUCCUUUAAUAGUCCCACAGGGGGAAAUCCACAAUUUUAGCCAUGUGCUGAAAUGAAUUAUGAAUUUAUUCAUAACCUGCCUUUGACUAGGAUGUGUUUUACAAUAAAACGUCCUCACUUAAUGUUGAUUUUUUUAAUGGUUUGAUGAUUAUCAACCACUGAAGUUGUAGUGGUCAAUAGUAGUUAGCCAUUACAAGCUUUUUUAAAUUACACUUGGUGGUUGAAUAGUUUUGAUCUUAAAGAAAAUGUCUCAUUAAGCCAAGAACAAUGUUUAAUUUUUUAAUGUACCGUAUUUGACUCUAUACCCAACUUGGUGGUCUUUAAACCCCAGAUCUCCAUCAUGAGAGAAAAAUGGUUUCAACAACUCAGCAAAAAUGAUAUAUUUCCUAUGUUUCAUAAGCGUGAUCCAUCAGUCCUUUUGCGACCACAAACCAAUGGGCUGACUCCAGAGAUGAUCUUUCAGGUCUUGUGAGUCGGCCUGCAUUUUCUUGUUAAUCUGAAUUUUCUAGAAAGUAACCAUUAUUUUCACAGGGAUUCUGAGGAUGCCGUUUACGGACGUGAUGGUUACGACUAUGAUGGCUACCGCCUGCGUGUUGAGUUUCCUAGAAGUGCAAGGGGAGGUGGAGGAGGAGGAGGUGGUGGUGGUGGUGGUGGAGGAGCAAUGGGACCACCAAGGGGAAGGUAUGGUCCCCCCUCCCGACGCUCUGAGUACAGACUCCUGGUAUCAGGUAAAUUAUGGGGGCCUCAGCCUGUAUCUGACCUCAGAUUAACUGAUAAAUACACAAGUCCUGAUUUACCUUUUUUUUUUUUCCCCAUCAGGUCUCCCUCCCAGUGGAAGCUGGCAGGACCUAAAGGAUCACAUGCGAGAGGCAGGGGAUGUAUGUUAUGCUGACGUGUACCGUGAUGGCACUGGGGUGGUGGAGUUUGACCGCAAAGAAGACAUGAGCUAUGCUCUUCGUAAAUUGGACAACACCAAGUUCCGCUCCCAUGAGGUAUGCAAAUAUUAACGGUCUAAUACAUUCUCGGGCGUAGACUCUUGAGACUAUUUUUGGAAAUGAAGAGUUUCACAAAUGAAGGAUAGAAACAGGGUAGUAAAAAAUGGUCCAUAAGUAAAAAUGUUGAUGAAACGGGGUUUUGAUCUUUAUUUCAUGCUGUGUCUGUCUUUGUGGACUAAUGAUUGCUUCCCAUGAUGGUCAUAUGGGGGGUUAUUUUUAAUGAUUGUCUGCUGUAUCAGAUCAUUCAACUCAUUCUGAUGUAUUUUGUUCUCGUGUAAGAUCUGCUACUGGUUGAACAGAUUGUUACAGAGAAAAGAAAAUCUAUUUGGACUUGUCUGGCUUUCUGUACAGUACUUGCACAUGCUAUCAAAAUACGUUAUGGGUCUGUAGCAUUCUCAGCCCAUUCUCAAGAUUUUCACAGAAGUUUUGAAAAAUAUAAUAUUUAAGUUUUUAUUAGGGGAACAUCACAUAUCACCAGAAACAGUGAUAGCAGUCAGCGUGCCUACAGGAGAGGUCUGGCUGUUCAAUAACAGAAAGUGUGAACUCUAAAAUUUUACAAUGUCAUUUAGCUGACUCCAAAGUGAAGCACAUUUGAGACUCUAUAAAGUAAACUAAGGACAGACAUAAAAUCAUCAAAUGUGUUAAUAAUUCAAGAAAACUAGUCCAUGCUUUAAUUCAGAAACUGCUUCUGCAGGUGCUUUAUCACCAGCACUCCUUCAACAUAAUUAAUGCCAUUACUCACCUCGAGCUGGACGUCUACUAAUGUGUUUAUCUUUGUGUGUUAAGGGGGAGACAGCCUACAUCCGUGUGAAGAUGGAUGGUCCUCGCAGCCCCAGCUACGGUCGUUCCCGCUCCCGUAGUCGCAGUCGAAGCCGAAGCAACUCCCCUCGCCGAGGCAGAGGGUCUCCACGUUAUUCUCCCCGGCGCUCCCGUUCCCGAUCCCGCUCCCGCUCUCGCACCUAG